UUAGUUAGGGUAGGAGAGAGAGAGAUUACUUGGGUUUAGUAGAGAGAGAGAGAGAGAGAGAGGAGUUUUGUCAUGUUUUAGAGCAAUAAGAUGGUGUGAGACUUUUGUAUGGCGAGUAACAACAACACCAGGAGAAUUUCAGAAGUUGGUUUAUCAGACUCAGAGCCCUCAACUCAGCAUCUUGUGUAUGGAGUCCUCCAUGGAAUCUCACCACCCUCCUCAAAUUUCAUUGAUCAGCAUGGUUCAACUGCUUAUGAUUUUGGGGAGCUUGAGGAGGCUCUUAUACCAAAGGUUUUGCAGAAUGAUGGUGAUAGAAAACCUUUAUUAGGCAUUCAUCCCCCUCCAACAUUGGAGAUCUUCCCUUCCUGGCCAGUGAGAUAUCAACCAACCCCAAGGGCCCAUUCUCAUCAGUCAGGUGAAAGUACUACUGAUUCAGGAUCAGCUCAGAAUACAGGUUCACAGUUGGAACCAGAGUCACCAGUCAGUAGUAGUCAAAAGUCGCAGCCAAACAGGCGCUCUUCUGAUCCCUCCCUUCACCAAAAGCAGGAGAGAUCAGAUAUGGCACCUGCCCCUUCUGAUUCAACUGCCCACCACCACAACCAAUCUAAAACCCUAGUUGACAAGAGAGGUGCAAGUUCAAGUACUGAGAGAGUAGGAUCCAAGACAUUAGAUGCUAAGACUCUUAGGCGGCUGGCUCAGAAUAGGGAGGCAGCUAAGAAGAGCAGACUUAGAAAGAAGGCCUAUGUGCAGCAGCUUGAAUCUAGCAAAAUAAAGUUGACCCAACUAGAACAAGACCUUCAAAGAGCCAGAGCACAGGGAUUAUUCAUAGCAGGCGCAGGUGGAGGCAGUAAUGUCAGCUCUGGUGCUGCAAUAUUUGACAUGGAACAUGCAAGAUGGAUAGAGGAGAACCAGAGGCACAUGGCUGAGCUAAGAGCUGGGCUGAAUGCCCACUUACCUGAUACUGAUUUGAGAUUGAUAUUAGAUGGGUGCUUGGGUCAUUAUGAUGAAAUAUUCAGGCUGAAAGGCAUUGCAGCAAAGGCAGAUGUUUUCCAUGUUUUUUCAGGCCUUUGGUUGACCCCUGCUGAAAGGUGCUUCCUUUGGAUGGGUGGCUUCAAGCCCUCUGAGCUCCUCAAGAUAUUGGUACCACAGCUGGAGCCAUUAACGGAGCAGCAGUUUAUAGGAAUAUGUAACCUUCAACAAUCUUCACAACAAGCGGAGGAGGCAUUGUCUCAAGGUUUGGAGGCAUUGCAUCAGUCCCUCGCUGAUACUGUGGUUGGGGGAGGUUCACUUGGUGACCCCCCCAACCACCAUGUCACAAAUUACAUGGCCCACAUGGCCAUCGCCCUUGCUAGACUUGCCAACCUUGAAAGCUUUGUUAGACAGGCUGAUAAUCUAAGGCAGCAGACACUACACCAACUUCGAAGGAUUCUAACAGUACGCCAAGCGGUGAGGUGUUUUCUAGCCAUAGGAGAGUACUAUAGCCGCCUACGUGCUCUCAGUUCUCUAUGGGCCUCUCGCCCUCGAGAGAGCAUGAUUACAUAUGGAAAUUCAAGUCAAUUGACAUCCUCUCUCCAAAUGAUUCAACAGCAACCACCCCACCAAAACCACUUCUCAACCUUUUAAACAUCCCACAAAGAAAGAAGAAACACACUACUUCCCUCAACAUGGCCAGAAAUUCUCAUAAAUUGCAAUUUUACAACCCUUAUAGUAACUUUUCUGGCUACCAACUUUUCCUUUGAGUUGGGGAGGAGGAUAAACAAUCACUUCACCUAUAAAUACAAAUUUUUGUGCAAUUCAAAAGAUUUUCUAGUGAGAGAUACUCCUCCCCAUUCUAGAGAGAUGUACCAAGUUGACUGUAAUAUUGUAUAACGACUUUUUGGUUUCUUAUGGAC